AUGAAAAAAUCUCCUCCACCUAAAGAUCAAAAAAAAGAGAAAAGUCUCGAAAAAGCAGGAGAGCCAGAAAAACAUGAGAAAUUCGAAAAAUCCCAUAAAACCCUUUAGCCUCUAGACAAAGUUCGAAUACCGAGGAAUGUGAACUUUUAUCUCCACUUCCUCCAACAUCCAGAAAUCACAGAGAAUGAUAUUGAAUGGGUCCUGCAACUUAGACACUGGGAUGCUAAUAAAAUGAAAGAGCUGCUCAGUAAAAUACCAAAUCAACCUUAUUCUCUUGCUGAUAAAAAAACCCUAUUUUCUGAAAAAAAGCACGACAUACAGGACAUCCAGAACAAGGACAAUGUUGCUAGUUUUAUGCACCUCCUCAGUCAUCGUUUGGGAUUGAGUGCAUCUGGAAGUUAAGCAGAUUUUGAAACUGGAUUGAGAAGAUAUCGAGAGCAUGAUGAAAAUCUCAGCAAGAGAGAAAAGGGAUGGUGGUAUAUACCAAAGAAAGAUAGACAUGAUUUUCCAGAAUUUCCCAAACCUUUAAAAGAACAAAUGGAUCUUAAAAAGUCUUUCAGUACCGGGAAGUUUAAUAAGAUGAAAUUCACCUACUCUGGUUUUGAAGGAUUACAAGAACUCCCACCUUACACCAUGAAGUUUAAGCAAAGUAAUUGUGGAAGUGUCAAACAUUUAUUUGGUCCAGAUGUCAGGAUGUCUCAAGGUCUGUGGGAAGAAGGAUUAAGAGAUUCAUAUAAUAAGAGAAUGCCCUAAUAAAAUCGAAAUAAAGAAGAAAGCAAAAAUAAAAAGAAAUUAGAUCCCAUAAAGAAAUGA